UAGAAAUCAGGAACUUGACAACUUUACAUGAAAAGAGUCCAACUAGAAGAAGUGGGAGUUGCAAUUGCUUAAUUAAAAACAAACAAAUAUAAAUAAUAGGUCUGUUUCGCCGGGAAAUAAAGUGCAAAUGCAAGCAAAAUGGGUAAUCAAUUGGUUGGCAUUGCACCAUCGCAGAUCUAUGCAGUGGAACACUAUUUUUCAGGGCAGUUUGGCAACGAAAUCAUUUUCGAUCUGAAUAUGGGAAGUACUCGAUUUUUUAAAGUUGCUAAAGCGAAAACCGAUGAGGGGUUGAUAGUUGUCAAGGUGUUUGUUAAACAUGAUCCAACAUUACCAUUGGAGGAUCAUAAGGAACGACUGGAGAGUAUAAAAAAAUCCUUAACGCUUGCCAAUGCUGUCAACUGUUUGCCCUUCCAGCGAGUGGAGCUCAUUGACAAGGCAGCCUAUAUUAUGCGGGAGUAUGUUAAGCAUAGUCUAUACGAUCGUGUUUCCACACGACCUUUUCUUACUGUCUUGGAAAAGAAGUGGAUAACAUUCCAAAUUUUGUGCGCUUUGAACCAGUGUCACAAGCAAAAAAUCUGCCAUGGCGACAUAAAGCUGGAAAACAUAUUGAUCACCUCUUGGAAUAGGAUUCUGCUGUCGGACUUUGCUUCAUUCAAACCAACAUAUUUACCAGAGGAUAAUCCAGCAGAUUAUACAUAUUUCUUUGAUACGAGUAGACGUCGUACUUGCUAUAUAGCUCCAGAGCGGUUUGUCAAGACUCUGAAUUCUGAAGAUGAUCCAUAUAAUGCAAAUAUGUCUGUCAUUCAUUCGGAUUCUAUAAUUCCUGUUCCCACAUCAUACGCAGGCAGCACUCUGCAGCCCGCAAUGGAUAUAUUUUCCGCUGGCUGUGCCUUGCUAGAGCUAUGGACAGAGGGCACUGCUCCAUUUGAGCUAUCACAAUUGCUCGCCUACAGGCAGGGCGAAAGAGAUCUUGUAGAGAAGCAUUUGGCUGGCAUUGAAAAUGAGCGACUCCGUAAUUUACUGGCCUCCAUGAUUGACAUUAAUUCUCUAAAUAGGAAGAGCGCAGAGGACUAUUUAGAUCAGGAGCGCGAUAAACUAUUUCCGGAGUACUUUUACUCAUUUCUGCAGUCAUAUUUGCAAAUGUUCUCAUCGACACCAAUUAUGUCACCUGAUGAUAAGAUACAAUGUUUGCACAAGGACAUUGGACAUUGCAUUAAGGUGCUGACACAAGCACAGGACUUAACGCCUAGUGAGGAAGACAAAGAGAAUAUGGAGAAGAAAGACCCGGUGAAGUGUGAGCGAUUGCCGCCAGAGCAAGAUGGUCUUAUACUAAUCAUAACAGUGGUUACCUCAUGCAUUAGGGGUCUCAAACAGUCUAACACAAAAAUCGCUGCAUUGCAGCUACUGCAAAAGUUAUCCAAGUAUACCACAUCGGAGACUAUACUGGAUCGUAUAUUACCCUACAUUCUAAAUUUGGCGCAAAAGUCGCCAGCCAAGGUGCAAGUUCAGGCUAUCGAAACGUUGACUGCAUGCCUGAGCAUGGUAAAGGACAUUCCUCGUAGCGAUGCCAAUGUGUUUCCUGAAUACAUACUGCCCUACAUCGCAGACUUGGCCAGCGAAUCGAGCGCUGUUAUUGUGCGUGUGGCCUUUGCUCGCAAUAUUGCAGCAUUAGCCAAAAGCGCUGUAUAUUUUCUGGAGGAGACUCAGCGAAAUGCACCAAAUGAAAUGCCCACGCCGCGUUACGAUGCGGAAUUGAAUGCAUUACAUGAUUUAGUUCGCCAAACGGUGCUUAGUGUGCUGACGGACACACAACCCAUUGUCAAGCAGACCCUGAUGGAAUCAGGAAUCUGUGAUUUGUGUGCAUUCUUUGGCAAGGAGAAGGCAAACGACGUGAUUCUCUCGCACAUUAUGACGUUCCUCAAUGAUGAGGACAAGAACCUGCGCGGCGCGUUCUACGAUAACAUUGCCGGUGUUGCCGGCUAUGUGGGCUGGCAGGCAUCGGAUAUACUGGUGCCAUUGUUACAGCAAGGCUUUACAGAUCGCGAGGAAUUUGUCAUUGCAAAAGCCAUACGUGCGGUGACCAUUUUAAUCGAGUUGGGACAUAUAAGAAAGCCCACCGUAACUGAGAUUGUAAGUGAAACUGCCUGCUAUUUGUGCCAUCCGAAUUUGUGGAUUCGUCAUGAGAUUUGUGGCAUGAUUGCGACCACGGCACGCAAUUUGAGCGCCAUUGAUGUGCAGUGUAAAAUUAUGCCAGCCAUAGGAAGAUUUCUGAAGGCAUCGCUUAUACAAGUGGACAAACCGCACAUUCUACUAGAUUGUUUGUUUCCGCCCAUACCCAGACAAAUCUAUGAUAGUGUUCUGCGUUUCCAAGACGUUCAAUGUUUUGUUGGUGCUCUUGAAGAUCGCGCGCGUUUGCGCGAAAAUGCGCGGAACGGCGCUCAACCACAAUAUGAUGAAAUGGGCCGACAGGUCUAUGAUGGUGUGCAACGUUUGGAAGACAUUCAAUAUUUUGUAGGCUCCGUUGGAGAUCGCGCACGUUGGCGAGGGAUCACACGUCAUGGAUCACAGCCGCUGUUUGAUGACAUGGGACAGACGCUGCUUAAUCUCUUCCGACGACUCAUAUCGGAGGGAUUGACGGAGACCAUUGAGAUGCAAUUGCUUGCAAUGAAACCUUUUCUAAUAGCCCUUAAGCACAAGGCGCAACAAGAUCUCGAUGAUGUCAAUACUGCCAAUGGACGUAUCGUGGUCAGUCGUAAGCAGGUUGGCUGCCAUGAAUAUCCAUUGGCGGAAAAGAUAACGAAAUUGACGUUGGAUAAUCGAACUAGCCAUGAUACACAUGCACCAGCGAUAGUUUCACCUGCUUCAGACGCGGGUGUGACUCCACACACAGCUGCGGGCUCCUCGGGCAGUCCUGCAUCCGGCGUCAUGUUACUUGGAGUUCCGACCACAACAAUGAGCGCCGCCACUUCACUAGGAGAAUAUACCAUGCCGGAUCGCAAUUACUCAUUGGAACGUUCAUCGGAGUGUUGCAAGGACUUGGAGUCGCUUACUCUUAAAAUCAAGCGGCGCUACAAUGUACUGGCACUUUCGCAACGUUGCAAUUAUGAUAAACUGGUCACGCCGUAUCCAUCAAACUGGCGCCUAAAUGGUACGCUGGUGGCACAUCUGCAUGAGCAUUCCGAGUCGGUGAUUAAACUUGCGCCGCUGCGACCGGAUGGCUCGCUAUUUGCCAGCGGCAGUAUUGAUGGUACUGUCCGUUUGUGGGAUUGCAGCAAGCUAAAUGGCAACCAAGGCAUUAAUAAAUCGCGUCAGGUAUAUUCUGCGCACACGCCAGUCUAUGCAUUAGCUGCUUGUGAUGCUGGACAGUCUCUGGCUGUGGGUGGCAAGGAUGGCAGUUUGCUUAUAAUGCGCAUUGAUCGUAAUUCCACUAAAAUGACGCUGCAGCAGGCCUUAGAUCAGAAUGAAUUCAACGAUGGUCCCGUUGUGGAUAUGCAUGCAUAUGAUCAGUCAGCGCAGAGCGUCAUUGUUUAUGCUACACUUUAUGGGGGCAUCGUGGCCUGGGAUACUCGUAUGCAACACAGUGCCUGGCGGUUGCAGAAUGAGUUACGCCAUGGCGUUAUCACGACUAUUUGUGCAGAUCCAACAGGCUCUUGGCUGGCAACGGGCACCAGUGGGGGCAAACAUAUCUGCUGGGAUUUACGUUUCCGACUACCCAUAACUGAGAUAAAGCAUCCAGCUGAUUCUUGGAUAAGAAAAGUUGCCUGCCAUCCGACUGAGCCAUCAUAUCUGAUUUCAGCGUCGCAGUCCAAUAAUGAGGUAUCCGUAUGGAAUAUUGAGACCAGUCAACGACAAACAGUGCUGUGGGCAAGUCCAGCGCCAGUCUUAACCAAUACAACUCAAAAUGAUCCAGCAACAACUUGUGGUAUUUUGAGCGGCGUGGUCGACGGGUCGCCGUUUAUCUUGACAGGAAGUUCAGAUCAGCGUAUUAGGUACUGGGACAUAUGUUCGCCAAGGAACUCGGCAUUGAAAGUGCCGGCUUCGAAUGAUAAUUUGGCGAAUGUGUCAUUUAACUAUAGCGCACGUCUUAUUGACGGCAGCCAGGUUAUUGAGGAGCAAAUCAUUCCCAAAAACAGUACAGGCGACUCUCAACAGAUGCGUACUUCCGUAGAGGAAAGUCCAAGAUCUGGACCCGAUAUGCCCAAAGCAAGUCAUCACGAUGCCAUCACUGACUUGCUCAUGUGCAAGGAUAAGGGACAGAUCUAUAUAGCAUCGGCGUCGCGCGACGGUGUUAUCAAACUUUGGAAAUAGAAAUUUAUCUUAACUCUUUUUAUCUGUGAUUAGUCUAAUUAAACUACAUAAAUUAUCCA